CCGUGAUUCGUUUAUAUUCAAAAUUGUCACUUUUUAAAUUUUUCGAAUAUGGCCACCCUUACACCAGCCGAAUCCGGUGAGUUCAUUGUAAAGAAUGCUAAAUUCUUGAAAGUCAAUGAAGAUGGGAUCAAGAGCUUCGUCAAAGAGGUGAUAGCAGGGAUUCAAUCCAAGGUGAUUGAUGUCGAUAACUUCUCUCAACAUGAACACCAUCCAAAGCCGACCGAUCCUCAUGCACCCAACUGGAUCUUCCUGAUCGAUACGCUCAACUUUUGCUUCUGGACCCCGGGCGAUGCAACCAAGUGGAAGGUGAAUGAGCAGACCGGUUACUUUUCCCUUUGUGCUGCAAUCAAUCGUGCUUUGAAAGAGGGAAUUGACAUCACAAAUCCUUCGUACUAUUCCAAAAUCACCUUAGGAGAGUUGGAGAAAAUUCUCCGCUCGGAUGAUGGACAAACCAAAGCUCCACUCUUGCCGGAACGCGUUCAAUGUCUCCACGAAGUUGGGCAAGUACUGCUGGAGAAAUACGAAGGAAAUUUUGAAAACUGUGUUAAAGCUUGCAACAAUUCGGCCGUAGCAUUGCUGAAAUUGGUUACGGAUGAGUUUCCAUGUUUCCGAGAUGAGGCAACAUUCAAUGGCAAGCGAGUAUCGCUUUACAAAAGGGCUCAGAUUUUGGUUGGCGAUUUGUGGGCCUGCUACCGAGGCGAAGGUCUGGGACGUUUUGAUGACAUCGAAAAAAUUACCAUGUUUGCCGAUUACCGAGUUCCUCAGGUGCUGGUACAUUUCAAAACACUAGAAUAUACAGACGAACUGAUGGAUGUUUUGAAAUCGGAUAAGAUCAUGGAAAAUGGAUGUCCAGAGGAGGUUGAAAUAAGAGGUGCCUCGAUCUACAUUGUCGAGCGGCUGAAGGACCUUGUGACGGAGGAACUGAAGGCGAAUCAUCCAGAUAUUUCGACGAAAAAUGUGAAUGCUGUUCUGUUGGAUCAUUUCCUUUGGGAUUACCGACGCAAGCACGCAUCUGAGUUGGAAUACAUCCCGUUCCACAAGUCGAUUAGUGUGUACUAUUAGGUGAGGGCAUAAGUUUUGGGUAUUUU